AGCGACCAACGCCCCCCACACACACACAACUUAAAGCAAGCACCCGGUACACUGGAUGAGCUGCAGACGGUGCUUUAAACCAGAGACAGACACAGAAAAAGCUGGAGCAACUCAACGGGACAGGCAGCAUCUCUGGAGAGAGUAGACUUUCUUGAACACCUUUUGCCCUGCGUUCACCCAAAUAACUGAGACUGCUUUUAAAUCAUCUUUCAGCAGAGAAAAAAAACCCAACACUGGACAUUUAUAGGUUGAAGAAGAGAGAGUCGGGCAUGAGCGUGAUCACUCUGAGACGGGACGAGGGGCCCCAGCUCUACCAGUCGGUGUGCUUCGAGAAGGAGGCCCUGCGCAUGUUUGCCCGGGACGAGGUGGAGAGCGACGGGGGCUACGAGGGGGCCGUCGCCGUCCAAGAAUGCGACCGCAAAUACUACUGCGGGGCGUGCGGCCUGCUGAUGCGCGACCCGGUCCAGACCGAGUGCGGCCACCGCUUCUGCCGGGCCUGCCACGAAAAAGUGUUGAAAGAAUUGAUGAUGUGUCCGUCUUGCGUGAGAGACAAAGAAAUAUUUGAGAAUGGUUCAGUCGACACGUUUGAAAAAUGUUUUAGUGACAGAGCAAUAGCGAAGGAAAUCUUGAAUCUGGAGGUGUCUUGUAUAAACCCGAGCUGCAGUUGGACUGGGCCAUUGAGAGAAUUCGAGGCACAGCACAAGAUGUCCUGCGAGCUGAACUUUCAGCGGUGCCCCUUUAGUGUGGUCGGCUGCACAGAGUCGAUUUGCGGUGGCAAGGUGGACGAGCAUGUUCGCGACUCCGUCGGGCACCAUCUGACCUGCAUUCUCAGGAGCCUGCCGGUCGUCGGGAAGGAGGCCGUUGAAGAUCCCAGCCUGGAGGGGACAACUGGGAAUGGGAAGGAGAGGGAGCCCGACAAGUGGCGGGAGGCGGCACAGGGCGAGAACUCCCGGGAGGAGCUGAGAGUGAAACUGCAGACGUUCGAAAACAUCGUCACAGUGUUAAACCGUGAGGUGGGCCACACAUUACAAACUGUGCUGGAGCAAGAACAGAGGAUAAAGGAGCAAGGCACAAUGAUCUCGCAGCUAACCAACAAGGUGCGGCAGAAUGAGAAGUCAAUUGGCCUCAAGGACGUGGUGAUCGCCGAUCUUCAGUGUCGUCUGGAGGUGCUGGAGACCUCUUCGUACGACGGGACCUUGUUGUGGGCGAUCAGCGGGGUCAGCCGGAGGAUGCGGGACGCGGCGAACGGGCGGUCCCCAUCCAUCAUCUCCCCACCAUUCUACACGUCUCACGGUGGCUACAAGCUCUGCCUGAGGAUGUACCUGAAAGGGGAUGGCCUGGGGGCAAACACUCACAUCUCUCUCUUCCUGAUCAUAAUGAAGGGCAAGUACGACUCCAUCCUGGACUGGCCCUUCAGCAAGAAGGUGACCUUCAAGCUUCUGGACCAGCGCGAUGGGGAACACCAAGUGGUCUCGGCCUUCAAACCGGACACCAACUCCGCCUCCUUCCGCAGGCCCCAGCACUCCAUGAACAUUGCCAGCGGCUGCCCGCAGUUCGUGCCCCUCUCCCACCUCCGCUCCAACUGGCGCGCCUUCGUGUCCGACGACACCAUGUUCGUGAAGGCUGUGGUGGAGCUUUGAGGGAAGGCCCCGUUGCCGUGGAGACCGCCCAGGCCGGGCUCAGGAAUGUGAUGCACCCAGGGCCUUGGUUGCCAUGGGCGACCCAAUGGCAUCCUCGACGAAACAUGGUUCCUCCCCUCGAACUCAAAAACUGCACUUUGACCUCCCAUCCGGGAAUUAUUUUGAAUGAAAUCUAUAUAUUUUUAAAUGAUAUAAAUUGUGUUGAUUUUUAAUAUUUAACUCUUGCUGAGAUAAGGAAAGUGAGGCUUCUUGUGGUGAGACGACACUCGAUGGGCCGAAUGGCCUCAUAGUGGGAUGUGCUUUCCAACUCGGGUUGCUAACUUUCUCACUCCCAAAUAAGGUCCCCUCGACCCGAGUAGUAGCAGUCAAAUACGGGACAAGGGCAGUCCCGUACGGGACAAACCAAUUUAGCCCAAUAUACGGGAUGUCCCAGCUAAUACGGGACAGUUGGCAACCCUAGUUUCAACUGACCCCAGCAAAUAGAAUAUUUUCAUGACACUCGUGGCUGUUCAGUCCCAGGCCUCUUCUCCUCUCCCUUGCCGGUUCCCCACAGAACCCGAUUCAACAAUCUUUCCCAUAUUCAUCUACCUCAUCCUGAAGCCGCGGUCUCCGGUAAGGAAGUGGCCGAUUCGGGAAUUCCUGUCCCGACGUCGGAAUUUCGAUCAUCCCGAUGAGAGGACUUGCACAUUGGGCCGUCCGUGACUGAGGAUGGUCAAUGCUCCCGACCGCGGGUGAACAAACGAGGAAGACUGACUGAACUUAAAGGGCCUGUCCGACUUGGUGAUUUUUUUUCGGCGACUGCCAAAAAGAUUUUGAACACUUCAAAAUCCAGCGGGGACAAUAAAAAUGUUGCGACACUUGAUAAAACACCGCUCGUCAAUACCUCGUCACGCCACGCAUUUUUCGGUGACCUGAUACGUCGGGAAAUGAUGCCGGCAGUCGCCAAGUGGGACGACCCGACUUCAGAGCUUCGGAGGCUUCGGCCGCAGACCCCGUGGACGGUAACAUCGGAAGCUUGCGGGAUCCUGGUGGGAGACCGCUUUUCGGAGAUCCCGCAAUGGCAAACUUCGCCCGCCCGAAUCGAGGGGUUUAAAUCGCCCCGCGCGGCUUAAACGCCCGCGGGACUUGCCAUCGUCCGCUGGGGGGGCUCUAACAUCAAGAGCCUCGAUCAGCUCGAUGCAGCAGUUUGACUCAAAGAUCCUAUAGCAGAGCAAGAUAGACCACUCCUGCUAAAUGCAAUGGGUGAUGUGUAGUACGCAACGGAGCGGAACGUGGGCCUUUUUUUCAUCCAUUUCCGUAACCCGACCCGACUCGCAGUGUAAUCAACAUUGCGGGGGAACAGUUUGUGUUAAUAAAUUAAAAUUCUGAAAAUGAGGGGAAGAUUUUUACCAAAUAACUUUUAGUUUUACGAGGACGUUUCCAUUACCGGCUUCCGACUCUGCACUGGUAUCCUAUGGGAUCUUUGGUGCGGAGACGGAAGCCGGUUACGGAAAUGGGGCCUUAAAUUACCCAUGAAUCUGCCCAUGACCGUACUACGUCUUUUUCGUCGAGUGGACCAUCUUGCACGCUAUAGGACCUUUGGUUUGACUGCUUGACUGCGGGAGAAGAAUAAAGAACAGAGAACAGGGAAGGGAUAAGAAUUUUUGCCUUCCAUCACUGUGAGGAGGUGUUUGGAGAUUCACUGUGAUGGAUGUUUGUGUGGAAUUGUGUUAAUUGUGUGUGAUUUUUUUUUUUUGUUUUGUUUUUUGUUUUGUUAUGACUGCAGGAACGAAAUUUCGUUUGAACCUAUAUUUAAAUGACAAUAAAAGGCAUUCUGAUUCUGAUUCUGAUUGCCUACCAUCACAGUGAUGAAUGUUGACUCCACUGUGGUGGAUGUUUAUUUUAAA